UUUGUUGACUCGUCUCGUCUCACAAAAGUGACGUCACUGAGUCACAUUUUCGCCCCUAGUAACGAAGAAGCUUCUGGAAGAGCCAAGCCGACGUCCGAGGACUCAAAUUACUGCCUUUAUACAGGUUGUCAUUCCAAAGCAAAAAUGGUGAAGGAAACAGGCUUCUACGACAUAUUGGGUGUGAAGUCUAAUGCCACUCCUGAUGAACUGAAAAGGGCCUACCGCAAAUUAGCCUUAAAAUAUCACCCUGACAAAAAUCCCACAGAAGGAGAGAAGUUCAAGCAGAUCUCACAGGCCUAUGAAGUGCUAUCAGAUGCCCAAAAGAGAGAGCUGUAUGACCGUGGAGGUGAAAAAGCUAUAAAGGAAGGAGGAACUGGUGGUGGUGGGAACUUUGCAUCACCCAUGGACAUCUUUGACUUGUUUUUUGGCGGAGGUAGUCGGAUGCAUAGAGAGAGAAGAGGAAAGAAUAUUGUGCAUCAGAUUUCAGUCACACUGGAUGAUCUUUAUAAUGGAGCCACAAAAAAACUUUCUGUCCAGAAGAAUGCUAUUUGUGAGAGAUGUGAAGGUCGUGGGAGUCGGAAAGGAGCUGCACAGAUGUGCAUGUCUUGCCAUGGUACCGGCAUGCAGGUUCAUGUGCGCCAGCUUGCACCAGGUAUGGUUCAGCAAGUGUCCACAGUGUGCCACAGUUGUCAGGGCCAAGGACAGAGAAUCAGCCAGAAGGACCGCUGCAAAGCAUGUGUAGGCCGAAAGAUCCUGCGACAGAAGAAGAUCUUGGAGGUCCACAUUGAUAAGGGAAUGAGAGAUGGUCAGAAGCUCGUUUUCCAUGGAGAGGGAGAUCAGGAGCCAGGACUUGAGCCAGGUGACAUCGUCAUUGUCCUGGAUCAGCGAGAACAUCUACUUUUCACCAGGAGAGGAGAGGACCUGGUCAUGUCGAUGGAGUUGCAGCUGGUUGAAGCUUUGUGUGGUUUCCAGAAGCCUGUUCAGACACUGGACAACAGAACUCUACUCGUCACUUCGCAUCCAGGGGAACUGAUCAAACCUGGAGAUACAAAGUGUGUUGUGAAUGAAGGGAUGCCCAUGCAUCGUAGGCCAUUUGAGAAAGGACGCCUGAUCAUUCAGUUCUCUGUGGUCUUCCCACAAGCCAACUUCCUCCCAAAGCACAAGCUGAAGGAGCUGGAGCGUUACCUCCCAGAGAAGAUGGAUGCAGAGCAGCCAGAGAGUAUGGAUGAUGACCUCUACAUCUACGCCGACCUGGAGGACUGUGACCUUGAGAACAGAAAAAGAUACACCCACCACCAGCACUACUACAUGGAUGACGAUGACUAUGCCAGCACUGGAGGUGUUCAGUGCCAGACGUCUUAAAUCACAGCUGGCCUGUUCUUAUUCCAUGAGCCCAGACCCUCAUCUCUUAAAAUGAAGCACCUUUUUUUGAACGUAUGCGCACUUUUUAUUUUAUUACCUUUCUUAAAAUCGUAACUGUUUACGUGUUGAAGUUUUCUUUCAAGCUGAGUCGUAAAACUGUGUUCCAACACCCUUCCGAUUGUUUUUAGCAUCAUGUCAUAAUCUUUGAGUGGAGUAAGAGUAUCUUAAAGUUCCAGGAGUUAACUUGGAUCCAGGUGAGUGGGACUCCUUGUCAUCUCUGGGACCAUUUUAUUUUCUUUCCUUUUUUUCCCCCAAUCACACUGUGACUAAAGACGAGGGCUGGUGUCACAGAGGCUUCAGAAGAGAGAAAAACUUCUUUGUCUAAACAAGGACUGCCUGAUUUUUAUGCAGUUACACUAAAACUGAUGCCAAUUAAUAUUAAAAUUACCUUUUUUAUAGUGUUACUAAAUCAACAGUUGUUGUAAACCACUUGUUAAUGACGUGUUGAAUCCAUGAUGUGUGAACACCCAGUCUUCAGAUGGCGGUGGAGAUGUGCAUUGAGACUUGAGUUAAAACAUUUAUGCUGUUUUACCCUUUCAAGGGCUAUUUUCUAAACAAUCUUGAAAAUGUGACAAGACAGGAGUUGAGAGUGAAGGUAAUAGUGAUUAGGUCAGGUAGGAGUAUUUCGGUUAACAUUUGAACUUUUGAGCUGCCAUCAAUUUUCUGUGAUGUGUCAAACAUUUUUUUGGAAACCUUGUCUGGAUACAUCAACACCCCUUAAUAUCAGCUUCAUACAGAAAAUCUGCUGUUCUUGCAGGGCAGGUAUUAGGAAAAAAAGUAAUCAUAAGUAAGAAGUCGGUCUUUAAAAAAAAAAAAAACAAUGUAUUUGAGUUUUACUCAGCAGAAAAUUAUUCAGAUAAGUCUCUAAACCUGCUUCUUAUAACAGGCCGCUGCUGCCUUGAUGGCCACUGAUUUCUCUCAGUUCAUGUGUGUGUGAGGAAAAAAAAAGAUUGGCUAAUGUUUUACUGUCACUGGUUGUUCACUUUUAGAGAAAUUAUUCGAGGCUUGUGGUCUUAAAAUCAUUAGGAAAUAUUUCCCUGAUCUAUCGUCAGACCUACAUUUGGAAUUUAAAUGACGAAUUUUAAUCAAGGUAGCAAGUUAAACUUGUUGCCCCCAAGCUAUUAAGUGUCUUUUGUCAUUAUUUAGUGCUAACUGUAAAUGCCAAAGGGGUCAGUGGGAGGGGGUUGUGGAGGCACACCUGAUACCUCAUAAAAGUGUCUGCCUGUUUGAAGCUACUUGAUGAUGCAAUUAUUAUUUUUUGCCUUGGAUAUUGUAAACUAUGCUCACCAGAACGGGAGCUCCUUAAAUUGUUUCACAGUUGUUCUUGAAGCUGAUGCAAGUUUAUGAGUAAUCAUAAUGUCAAUUGAAUUCAUUUCAAAGUUCAACCUUAAAGGAUAUUUGUCAAGUGUUGUCAAGCUCUUAAUUGAUGUGCGCAUUGUAGGACCAAUCAACUACUAUUUAUGCUCACGUUUUCUAAUUAAAUAGUUUGAUGGUCUCUCUAAAA